AUGUCAGAUCCUUUCAGCGUCGCCAGCGGCGCUGCUGGCAUUAUCUCUCUGGGUUUCACGAUUGCCCAGGGGUUAUUUCAAAUUGCUGGUGACAUAGGCUCCGCCGGGCAGGAAAUUCGAAUCUACGCAGAGGAGAUUAACGCAUUCUCCAAGCUGCUCAGAUGCGUCAAGACUGAGCUCGAGAGCUCAACCGAUGUCUCCCUAGACCUUCAGAGCCUCCUUAAAGACGUCACUGACAUAUGCGACAGAGUUCUGACGCCUCUUGAUCGCCUCCAAAAUACGCUGAAGCCGCUUCUCGUCCGUUUUAAGACCAGCCCUGGAAAGAUUCGGCAGCUACGAGUCAGACUGCAAUGGGUGUUCACGAGCAAGGACAAGUUGCUCUUCUACCGCGAGGCCUUAAAAGGGCAGUAUCAGAUUUUGGACACAGUACUCGAUGUGAUGAUCCUCCAGACAACGAGAGACCGCAGCUCACAGAAUAUCCAUUCAGACGACUUCGGUGAGAUGCUCAGUGAACGAGAUGUUCAAGCUAUCGACGAGCAGAUUGAGUGCGACUUAAGCUCCGAAUCACUAGAGUCAGCACAGGAUAUCUGGCAUGACACGGGUGCUUUGCAGAGGAAAGUGCUGCGACUUGCUUCACAUACACUGUGUUCCAGUCGGAAAACUUACACAGAGGGGACCACUACCUCAACUCCGCCGUCGCGGUCCGGAAUCGAGUUCGAAAUGCCGGUCAUAUUCGUGUGCCCGCCGAAAAACACGGACGGCCCUGUUGUCGGUAGCGAGAUCCUCUACCUCAAUGGUACGGAUGCCAGCUUGAUCGCAACAGACACCAAUCUCCAGAACGAGAUAGCGAUGCACGAGCAGUUCUCGAUCAAAGGGAUCGGUACUACUGAAAAUGAGCACUCGACGUGGGCAACCAUGCUGAACGAGCUGCAGCGCAUGGAGCGCGAUAGCAUGGCCUGGGAGGAGGAAGAGUACACGAGGAUCGGUGACGACAAGCGGCCACGGGUUGUCUGGGAUGACCAUACCAUGGCGGUGGCGUUGCAGAAAGAGCGUCGAGACUGGGGCACCAUGCCCAGCAAUGUCAAGAGGCCCUAUGCUGUAACUAGUAUCUGCCAUUUGGUCGAGAUGGUAGCCAUGCUCGGCCUGCACUGGAAAGAGUUUGACCAGUCCCAGGACAGGUACCGAGCUGAAGGCAACGGUUGUGUGCUGACUGGCGCAACCCUGGCAAACCUAGGUAUCGUGUUCAACUUUCGGAUCUCCGGAAAACGCAAGUUCCGGGAAAAUCGCCUCAUCCCGGCGAACGAGCUGCUUCCGCAUGCUACCGAAUCCAACCUGCUAUCGCUGGGACGACAAGUAUUUCUCAGCCCAUUCGAGUUCAUCGAGCGAGCUGAGGAACUUCUCUCGCUCAUUGGCAAUCUAAACCUGCGGUCCUUCUCGCUGCGCAUCCUAGACUCGCUGCAUGAGGCACUUGACGAGUGCGAUUCCAUACUAGUCCGGAGAAAGAGAGAGGUAAUCCGGAUCGUUAGACGCCAUCUGCAGGAGGCCUUACUCCCCCGAGAUGGUUCGCCUCACUUUCGUGGGGUGAACGCUGCGGGUCCUAAGGAGCGCGAGAGGGUGUUUAUGGAGAGCUACGUCCGCAUUGGAGACAUACGAGGUGAUGCAUUGGGGUCUUUCGAUACGAGCAACGCCAUCACGGUAGAAUGGGCUUCUAUAGAGGCGAUAACAUACCUCGCUCCCCAUCUUCGUUUCGGAAGGAACACCCGUGGAAAGAGGGCGAGCCGAUGGAGGAGGAAGCCCUCCUGGUUAUGGGCUAAUAACAGCGCCAUGCCGGUACCUGCCCUCAUCAUGUUCAUUCCUAGUAUGUCCGCCAUCGCGAACCAGAGCAUCCACCAGGGUCUGAGGCUAGUAAGCAGCGCCAGCUACACGGAGGUUGAGGCGCACACGGGCCAUCCAAUCGAUGUCAUACUCCACUUCGACCCGCCGGUGGGGAUCUGGCUUGGCACGGAGCUGUUGACGCUCAUGAGCGUCCAGAGGUUGAUGCUGGACAUUGCGGCGACCAUGGACCCGAAAGUGGAAGAAACAUGGGACCUCUCUGAAGACGGGUGCUACGUCGCCCUCACAAACAGCUCCUUGGACGUCAACGCAGUAAUGGACAAGGUUCGAAGUCCUGCUGCCGGAGCCAUUGUUGUCUUUGCUGGUACAACGCGGGAUAACUUUGCAGGAAAGCCCGUGAAGGAACUUAAGUACUCCGCCUAUCACAAGCUCGCCCUCCAGACCAUGCUAUCUAUCGCCAAGGCUAUUUCUAAGAAGCAUUCCCUGAAAGGGUUCGCCAUGGUUCACCGACUAGGUGUCGUGGGUAUUGGCGAGGAGAGCAUCCUUAUUGCUGUUUCUUCACCACAUCGCCAAGCAGCUUGGAGAGCUGGCGAGGAGGCCCUGGAGGAGUGCAAGUCAAAGGUUGAGAUUUGGAAACUGGAGCAGUUUGAGGACGAGGAGGGAGUCUGGCGUGCGAACCGAGAUGGGACCAUGGGUCAGCGCAUAGACGGGACAUAG